CCCAUGUGGUUUGGAUGUUAGACAACAACACCACACGCAAAGCAAAAUAGUUAGCUCAAAAUCUCAAAAUGGGAACAUUUAAACCUUUGAACACUAAGGUUUUUACCAAAACCGAACCAGAACUCAGCGAUGAAGCCAUUUAUUGGAAAAAAUUCACCGCUCCUGCGAUACUGAAAGACUUUGGGCCAAUCGACUACAUCGACGUGAACCCAAAUGAUCCUUAUCAUUUCGCAGUAACUUGCUCUGUCAGGGUACAAAUCUUCAACCCAGUUACUAAAGCAGUGUACAAAAGUCUGACUAGAUUUAAAGAAACGGCUUAUGGAGGCAAAUUUAGGCAUGAUGGAAAAUUGAUAUGCGCUGGUGGAGACGAGGCCGAGGUCAAAUUAUUCGAUGUUGGCUCCAAAAAUCUUCUCAGAAUAUUCAAGGGUCAUGAGGGACCAGUGCAUCGGUGCUUCUUCUGCAUCAACAACUCGCAGCUUUUCAGCUGCUCCGACGACAAGUCUGCAGCAGUUUGGGACAUUGCCAGUGAGAAAAUUGUAGCUCAAUACAGAGAUCACACGGAUUAUGUUCGAGCCGGUGCCGUGUCCCCUGUUUCUGCAGAUAUUGUCGUUUCUGGAAGCUAUGACAAGAAAGUUAUGAUGUUUGACACAAGAACUAACGAAGUCGCCCUCACCCUGGACCAUGGGGCUCCUGUUGAAAGCGUCAUUUUCAAUAAAACUGGUAGCAUCAUCAUUUCAGCAGGUGGGACGGAUAUCUGCUUUUGGGACGCAUUGGCUGGUGGCAAGUUGCUGAGCAGAAUAACGCCCCACCACAAAACAAUCACCUGCUUGGCGAUGGCAAGCGACGGACUGCGCCUUCUUUCUGGAGGGUUGGACAAGAGGGUUCGAGUCACGGACAUGACCGACCUACAGCCUGCCCAUGUUCUCAAUUAUUCAUCACCAAUUCUUAGUAUUGGAAUUGAGUCCAAUGACAAAGUGCUGGCAGUCGGAAUGGUCGACGGUCUGGUCUCCGUGUCUAGGAAAAUCGAGGAAGACGGCAAAGGCAAAACACCGAGGAUUCGUUACACGUUGAGAGAAUGGAGGAAGCGGGAACAAAAGCUGAGGGAGUUUGAGCCCCUGCAAGAGGCAGACACCACUUUUACAGAGAAGGAGAGGCAGAUGAUGUCGAAUAUUGAUCGCUACCUCCGCUCUUACCGAUAUUCCAAGGCUCUGGACGUCGCCAUGGCCAUGUACAAUACGAAAAGAAAAGCAGAGUCAGUCGUCACUCUGGUGCAGGAGUUGAUUAGGAGGAAAGGCCUCGCCACUGCGCUGGCUGGAAAAGACGACCACGAGAUCGCCAAAAUUUUGAAAUUCUUCUCCAAGCACAUUGGAAACUUUGAGUACAUGCCAACAUUGAUUGAUGCUACAAAUACUUUAAUAGAUAUAUAUGGCGAGGAAAUUAAUGACAUGCCAAUGGCUCUUGAUGCCUGCAACAACCUGUUGAGCACAAUUCACGAUGAGGAGCAGCUCACAGUCAAGUUGUUGGAACUGCAAGGAGCCAUGGAAAUGCUGAAAAUUGCAUCAGAUUCUCACAAAUUAGCCCCUACUUCAAACGACGACUCCUCUGUCAUCACAGAAGAAUUUCCAUCAACGUUGUAAAGUAAACAUAAUGAGCAAUAAAUUUAUUUUUUCCAA